GUGCGUGUGUAUCGCUGGCUGUCAGCACUAGCAAAAGCAUUUUUGCUGGAGUCUAACCAUUUUAUUUUAGUUAAUAAAAUACACAUAUUUCCUCUUUUUUUUCCGUUGUGCGCGUACGUAAAGUGCAAAAAGACGUUAACGCCACAGUUGCGAGUGCAUUAACGGGGCCAACUCGCAGUCACAGACGCAAAUUUCCUCAGAAAUUUCACACACGCAUACAUAUAUAUAUCAAAAAAAAAAAAAAAUUUUUUUUUCUUUUUUUUUUGUCAUUCGUUUUGGGUCCCCCCCCCUUAACGUACAAUAGUAAAAAGCCAACCUUGAGAAACACCCAGCACAGCAGUUUCAAACUGCUCGCAAACGUUUCGUGAUCUCGUCCAAGAAGUUGAUACAUAAAAAAAAAAACAGUUUCUAUAUUGUUUUUGUCGCCCAAUUAACCGAACGCGCGGCGUAGCCAUUAUCCCAACAACAUGGACAAGAUGCGGCUGAUGAAGGAACAUCGUUCCGAGAUAAUAAUUGGCGGCAAAUAUCGGGUGAUACGCAAGAUCGGCAGCGGCUCCUUCGGCGACAUCUAUCUGGGCAUGAGCAUUCAGAGCGGCGAGGAGGUGGCCAUCAAGAUGGAAAGCGCCAGCGCUCGCCAUCCCCAGCUGCUGUACGAGGCGAAGCUGUAUCGCGUGCUGAGCGGAGGCGUGGGAUUUCCGCGUAUCCGCCAUCAUGGCAAGGAGAAGAACUUUAAUACGUUGGUGAUGGAUCUGUUGGGUCCCUCGCUGGAGGAUCUGUUUAACUUUUGCACGCGCCACUUUACCAUCAAGACCGUGCUGAUGCUGGUCGAUCAGAUGAUCGGCCGCCUGGAGUAUAUACAUCUGAAGUGCUUCAUUCAUCGUGAUAUUAAGCCGGACAACUUUCUGAUGGGCAUCGGACGGCACUGCAAUAAGCUGUUCCUCAUUGAUUUCGGUCUGGCCAAGAAGUUUCGCGAUCCGGGCACGCGCCAUCACAUCGUCUAUCGCGAGGACAAGAACUUGACGGGCACCGCACGCUAUGCCUCGAUCAAUGCCCAUCUGGGCAUCGAGCAGUCGCGCCGUGAUGACAUGGAGUCCUUGGGCUAUGUGAUGAUGUAUUUCAAUCGCGGCGUCCUGCCCUGGCAGGGCAUGAAGGCCAACAACAAGCAGCAGAAAUAUGAGAAAAUCUCCGAGAAGAAAAUGUCCACGCCCAUCGAGGUGCUCUGCAAGGGCUCACCGGCCGAGUUCUCCAUGUACUUGAACUAUUGUCGUAGCUUGCGUUUCGAGGAACAGCCCGACUACAUGUACCUACGUCAAUUGUUCCGCAUUUUGUUCCGAACGCUGAACCAUCAGUACGAUUACAUCUAUGACUGGACAAUGCUGAAGCAGAAGACACACCAGGGCCAGCCGAAUCCCGCACUGCUGCUGGAACAGUUGGAGCCGCGCAACGAUCGCGAAAAGGAGAAAGAGAAACCGAACUGCAAACCUCCCAUCACCGAGUAAUUCAGCUGAAGAAGCAGCACGCAAAAAAACAAAAACAAAAAGAAAAACAAAAUAAAACAAAACAGAAAAUCAGAAAAAAAAAAAAAACUGAAAGAAGAAAAGAAAUGAGAAGGCAAAUAAGAAGAGCAUGAAGAAAAUGAUAACUAAGGGUGGCAAGCGUUAAAAACAAAAACAAAAACAAAAAGCAGCAAAACACAGAGAGAAGCAGAGAGAAGUAAA